AUGAAGCAUGUUUUGUCUGGUCUAAUUAGUCCCAAUCAAUCUGCAUUUAUAUCUGGGAGAUCAAUCCAAGAUAAUAUUAUGGUGGCUCAUGAGAUUGUUAGAAAUUAUCAUAGAACCAAAGGAACUCCAAGAUGUACUCUAAAAGUUGAUUUAAAGAAAGCUUAUGAUACAGUGAGUUGGGAGGCCAUUGUCUGGGUAUUGCAAAGAGUUGGUUUUCCUUCUAAAUUUAUUGACUGGAUAUCUCUAUACUUCUCUACUUCUCGGUUUUCUGUUAUGGUUAAUGGUUCCCCUUAUGGGUUUUCUGGUGCCAAAAGAGGUCUAAGGCAGGGUCGUCCACUUUCACCCUAUUUGUUUGUUUUGGUUAUGGAAAUCUUCAGUGCUUCUCUUCUCCAUCAAAGUUUAAAUUGUGCUCUUGAGCAAUUUAGUAACUGUUCUGGAUUAGUCAUGAACAAACUUAAGACUCCACUAUAUUCUUCAGCUGUCGAUGAAGAGGUUUUGGAUCAAAUUGUUCUUUGCCUGGGCUGUACAAAAGGUGAGCUUCCUGUUAGAUACUUGGGUGUCCCCUUACUUUCUACAAGAUUAUCCUAUAAAGACUGCAUCCCUCUGCUCAAUAAAUUUGAUAUUAGAAUUAAAUCUUGGAAGACUAUUUUCUUAGCUUAUCCUGGUAGAGCCUUACUCAUAAAGGCUGUUUUGGCUGGAAUGAUUAAUUUCUGGUGUUCUUGUUUUGUCCUUCCCGAGAGAGUCAUUAAAGAACUAAAUACCAAGUUUAAUAGGUUUUUUUGGGAUGGUCCAGAUAUGGGGAAGAAGCAUAGUCCUAUCAGUUGGGUUAAUGUGUGUCAUCCUUAUGAGGAAGGUGGUUUGGGUGUUAAAGACUUAGAGUUUACCAAUGUUGCUGCUAAUUUUAGGCACAUUUGGGAACUUAUUUCUGGUAAAACUACUAUUUGGACUGAAUGUGUAAAAUAUAAUCUAAUCAAGGAUAAAGAUUUUUGGAGCUUAAAUGUACCUCAAGAAGCCUCUUGGUGCUGGAGAAGAAUUUUAGAUCAUAGAGAUCUUGCCAGGAAAUUUAUUGGAGUGACUAUUGAUGAUGGGACUUCUUUGAACUUUAUGAAGGAUAAUUGGCAUCCUAAAGGCAGAAUUGAAGAUUAG